AUGGAGACCACCCCACAAUCCUACUUCACAACACUCCUUAUAAUCACCUUCCUCUUACUCUUCUACGUCCGACGCCGGCGCUGCCACCACCUCAACCUCCCUCCCACCAUCCCCGGCUUCCUCCCCAUCAUCGGACACCUUCAUCUCCUACGCCGCCGGUCCAACCAACCCCUCCAUCGCACGCUGGCCUUCCUCUCUUCCACAUACGGCCCCAUCCUCCUCCUCCGCUUCGGCUCCCGUCCCGUUCUUAUCGUCUCCUCCACCUCCGCCGCCGAAGAAUGUCUUACCACCAAUGACAUAAUCUUCGCCGACCGGCCUUUGCUCAUUUCUACAAAGUACCUGGCUUUUAACAACUCCAUCCUCGGCACCGCCCCCUACGGCCCCCACUGGCGCAACCUCCGUCGAAUCGCCACCAUCGAGCUACUCUCCACUUCUCGCAUCAACUCCUUAGCUCGAAUCCGUGCUAACGAAAUCCGAUCCUUCGUCCACUCCCUAUUUUCUACCGCGGCCGACCAAUGGAAUCGAGCCGAGAUGAAAACAAAGCUAAAAAAUCUAAGCUUUAACAUUAUGAUGAGAAUGGUGGUUGGUGGGAAGUACAACGAGGAGAGGUUCUGUAUAAUGAUAGAGGAGGCGCUUAGGCUGAGUGUUUCUUCGUGUGUGGAGGAUUUUGUGCCCUGUGUUAGGUGGUUGGGUUUGGUGGGGACGAAGAGGAGGUUGAUGAGAUUGGGGAAGGAGGUGGAUGAGAGUUUUCAGAACAUGGUGGAUGAGAGGAGGAGGAGGAGGAGAAGGGCGGCGGAGGAGAAGGCUUUACUUGAUGUGAUGCUAGCUUUGCAAGAAGAGGAGCCAGAGAGGUAUUCUGAUGAGAUCAUUAAGGGCAUGUUAUGGGUCCUAAUUGCAGCUGGAACUGACUCUUCAUCUGGAGCAAUGGAAUGGGCACUGUCCCUUCUCCUAAAUCAUCCCAAAACAUUACAAAAUGCAAGAGACGAGAUAGACUUUCAUGUAGGCCAUGACCGUUUGAUCGCAGAUUCAGAUCUUCCUCAUCUUCACUAUCUCCAAAACAUAAUUAAGGAAACACUUAGACUAUAUCCAGCUGGUCCUCUCUUAAUCCCGCAUCAGUCAUCAGCAGAUUGCACUGUAGAAGGCUACAACAUUGCAAGUGGAACCAUGUUGCUGAUAAAUGUUUAUGCGAUUCAGAGAGAUCCAAAGCUAUGGAACGAAGCAGAAAGUUUCAAACCCGAGAGAUUCGAUGAAGGAGAAGGAUCAGAAGGUUUUCAAUUCUUUCCAUUUGGUUCGGGAAGAAGAAAGUGCCCGGGAGAAGUUAUGGCAAAUAGAAUGAUGGGCUUGACAUUGGGAGCUCUAGUUCAGUGUUUCGAGUGGGAGAGAGUUGGGGAAGAAAUGGUUGAUUUGACUGAAGGAGAAGGGCUUACUCUACCUAAGUUAGUUCCUUUGGAAUUGAAGUAUAAGCCUCGGGAGGUUAUGAUGAAUGUUCUAUCACAACUUUGAUCGAUCAGCUUCCAUGACGAAUAUACAUAUAUAUGCAUGUGUUCAUAAACUAUAUAGCUUUAUUGAUAGCUAGCUAGUGUGUAAGAUUUUGUUUGGGACGGUUUUCUUACUGCUUCUUACCAAACGAAGCCUAAGUGUGUUGAUUGUAUGGAGUUAUGCAUGAGAUCAUAAACAAAUACUGCGUUUCUAUGUUUUUAUGCUAUAACUCAGUU